AUGCUCGAUGCUUCUCCUAAAUUACAAGUCCUCAAGCUCAUCGGUCAUUGGUAUUGUGGAAAAGAUACAUCCUGUGAUAACUGGAAUGAGCGUAAGAAUGUGAUGUUGCUCAAUCUCGAGACAUUUGUGUGGCAUGGCGACAUAAAGCAACUAAAAGAGGAGAAAGAGGUGGCCAAAUACAUCCUAAGAGCAACGAUUUACAUAAAAGGCCUUACCCCGGACAAGAGACUUGAGUUGCUUGAGGAGUUGGAAAGUGUGGUCAGGGCUUCGAAUUCAUCUUGCCAGCUUCUUCUGCUCGAAGGAUUCACGCCACCUUUGUAA